UCAUUUUAAAGACUUAUCAGAAGAAAAAAAUCAGGUAAAAUCAAAAAUAAGAAGACUGGUUGCAGAAGAAAAUAUAAGUUUUUUAUUUGCUUUCACGUAAGAGUCAAAGAAAAUGGCGAGCACUGUGAUGACUACACUGCCUCAGUUCAAUGGUCUUCGAGCUAGCAAGAUCUCUGCAGCUCCAGUGCAAGGCCUGGCAACUGUUGUGCCCAUGAGACGCAAGGGGAAUGGAGCUUUGGGUGCAAAGUGUGACUUCAUUGGUUCAUCAACAAAUCUGAUAAUGGUAACGUCGACGACUCUGAUGUUGUUCGCUGGGAGAUUCGGACUAGCACCAUCAGCCAAUAGGAAGGCGACAGCUGGGCUUAAGUUAGAGGCACGUGACUCGGGUCUACAAACGGGUGACCCAGCCGGGUUCACUCUCGCCGACACUUUGGCUUGUGGUACCGUUGGUCAUAUCAUCGGCGUCGGAGUUGUCCUUGGUCUCAAAAACAUUGGUGCUAUUUAAAAACAUGUUCAUUUGUAUUCUGUCAACUUGUAGAUUUUUAAAAAACAAAGUUCUCAAGAACCCGAGGGGAGAUCUAGUCAAUGUUUAUAAUGUUUGUAUCGCAUUGUAUUCCUCUUUAAAACAACUAGAACGACCGCAUCUUCAAGUA